UGGCUACGGACAGGAAAUUACUUCCGUAUGUGUAUACUCGUAAUGUUCAUGUAUUCAUAUUACUUUCUGCGCAUCGUCCCUUAAAUACUCUCGGUACGUUCCAACUCUGGUGUUUCAACUGUUACGUAAGUGAAAAAGUGAAGACGAAUGAAUAAGGGUUGAAUGAAAAAUGUGUCAGGGGAUGGUUCAAUCCUGCGAAGGUCAGCCAGAGAUUCCUGGAUUAGUUAUAUCCUUUGGCAGUAUUGGCAGGGGUAGUCCGCCAGUAGUAAUGGCAGCUCUCGGUAGAGGCCCAGUUUUAGCAGACAGUGUGGCGUCUAGGGAAGGGGUUGAAAGCUAUGUGGAUACCGACGGGCGUGGACUAAAGCUUCGAAUCUCCAUAAGCAACUUCUGCCCUGCAGACUAGGAAUCAAUCAAAACGCACCGAAAUCUGACAAACCGGCGUAUCCCAGUUUAGCCAGGCGCUUAAUACCGGUUUCCCUUAAACAUCAUUCGAAGGGGAUCAUUGAUUUCGCAAUAUCAAAUAAAGCCUUGAAAAUCGCGCGGUAGCUGCGGGAAGCUAUUUAUAGUAGUAGCUCGAAUAGUUUUAUAUAUACAAUCAUCGAAGAGGACUCCCUAUGAUGAUAGUAAAAUUAAUAAUUUUAAUAAAAUAAAAUAAAUUCUCAGAUCUCUUACUUAUCCGGUAUAUCGAUAAGAGGAUGAUGAAUACGAUAAAGUAUGGCCGCGAUUCGCUAGCGGAGGAAUCGCAAAGCACGUGGAACACAAAGAACUGACGACACUGGUUGUACGUUAUGGCAAAUGGGAAAGAGACUUGCUGAGCUGGACAAAAGUUUGGCAGCCAGGAGGUAGAACGGCGAGGCGAAGAGUGAGACGGGGAGUGGAAGGGGUCUGGCACCCUUCGGUCGAUACUCGCGGCACAGCAUUGCCAACAGGCCUACUCCUCGACCGGAGCACCCCUGGCCACCUCACCGGGCAUACAGUCGAAAACCCAACGUUUAUUUUCGGGAAGUUGGAUUUUCGAAAUUUACCCUAAAAUAAUUAACCCUUAAAUUUAUUGUACGGUUGGUCAUGGUGUUCAAUUUUACGCGACAUACGAAGUGUCACGCUGCUCGAGAGUGCUUGACAUUAGGUAUCACGCUCCCCACUGUAAGGACAGUGAGUGAAGAAAAUGACAGAGGGUGAAAAUAGGGGUGAAGUAUGAUAGACGGGAUCGAUCGAAAGAUAAAUUCGUGCCGGAGAAUUAAGCAGUUACCUUGUACGGCCUGAUUCAUUCGACAGGAAGUUUCCUUCGUGACUCUUCGUACUCGCAAAAAGAAAAACAAAGGGGAUGACAAGGCUAAGGGUUCUUCGGUCUUAUUCCCGCUCACGUAGAACGGCGUCUACUUGCCUCUUAUGAAACCCUUGCAAUUUAUUUUUUAUUCGCUAAGUGAUUACAGAGUAGACGUGUCCUUUCGAGGAUUAAUUAUAGACAUGUAGAAGGCGACGCCAAGCGUCCAGUUCGACGCUCUUUGUCCACCACCAAGUACCAUUAGUUCCCUUGGCGUUCUGCGUAAUUGAAAAAAGAAAAAACAGAAGGAUCGUGUACCUGCCUAGAAACCAGAGAAAAUACUCACUACAAAUGAAUUUAGGUAUAUCAAGCUUUAUCUGCUCUUCUAUCUCAUUCUCUUAAGUAAUUAAACGCACCAUCUGAUCCAAUACCGUAUGUCACGUGUUUGCCAGCAGCAAAUAAAAUUACAGCAAACCGUUACGCUCGCGUACAAUUUCGGCAAUCGUUAAAUUUUUCACUCAGGACACUCCUUUCGGAUUGUAUUUUAAAUAGCAAGUACAGCAGUGGUAAGUGAAGAUAGCCAAUGAUGACGGCCAAACGCAACAAGGGACAUAAACGUUCAAAGUGCAUUCGUUGCAGUGUCGUUGGUAACAUUACAUGUGAUGUGAUGUAUUUAAGUGAGUUAUGAUUAAUUAGUAUCCACAGCGAGAGGCCACCGCUAAUUAGAGGCGCUUCGCACCACUUCGUACUCAAAGCCUAACCGAGGAAAAGUGAAGGCUAAGCAGAACUUCAGGAUGGGUACCUGUGGGGUUUACCUGUCCCAAUUGAGGGCUAUGCUCGGUAGGAAUCUUCUGCUGAAGAAACGAGAAAAACGGAAGACUAUUGCGGAAAUCUUCCUACCCCUAUACACACUUGGAAUUUUGAUCGUGGUGAAAAUCCUCAUUCCAAAUCCAAACUACCCAGCGAUGACAACCCAACGACAAGAUAGUGACAUCUUUAAGUUGUUUAACAGCUCCAAGAAUAUAACAAUAGCAGUGGUACCCAACUAUACGGAAACCCAGAAUUUCCUUACCGCAAUGAACAACCUCUGGCAGUCGAUGCCGGAAAAUUCGGGGAAGCAACCCUUAAAUUUCAUGGUCUUUGAAACCAAGGACGAUCUACAGGCAGCAUACUGGAAGGAGCCCUACAGCAUACCCUUGGCUGUCAUUUUUCGAAAUCCACAGCCAAUAUCCCAUAAUUUAUCAUACGAAAUAAGAACGAAUCCUUCUUAUCCAUCACCUCCAUCACCUACGGAAAACUUCUCAUCUCCGGUUACCUGUCGUAAGAACACCAGCCACUGGAUGGGUGGUGUCCUGUCGAUAGAAACCGGAGGAUCAUGUCCGAUAAACAAUUACAUCUAUUCCGGAUUUAUGGCUCUUCAAAUGCUGAUAGAAACUACAAAAAUACGGCUGGAUAUUGCAAACACGAAUAUUUCAGUGCCUGAUGUUAUGCUUGAAAUGUUUCCCAAAGAAGCUUAUACAGCAAAUUGGAUGCUAGCUUUUAGAGUGGUGAUACCACUCUAUAUGGUACUGGCUUUAUCUCAGUUCAUCACGUAUCUUCUGAUACUUAUUGUCGGCGAGAAGGAAAAUAAAAUCAAAGAGGGGAUGAAGAUAAUGGGAUUAAAAGAUUCUGUGUUCUGGCUUUCCUGGUUCAUCAUAUACGGUAUCUUCGUCCUGCUGCUCUCAGCUGUUGCUGUUAUCUUGCUGUUCACGCUACAGAUGUUUCAGCAUACGCACUUUCUCCCAAUAUUUCUUCUAGUUGUUCUCUACAGUUUCUCUGUUAUAAUGUUCGCCUUCAUGAUCACUCCCUUCUUCGACAAGUCACGGACUGCUGGUGUCCUAGGAAAUUUCGCUGUGACAAUAUUGAGUCUGAUGUACUUCAUACAAGUUUUUGUCGCUGACUCCAGUUCCAUUUCCUUCUGGGUCGUUUCUCUUCUAAGUCCAACAGGCGUAGCAUUGGCCAUGGAUAAGGCCCUGGUUCUCGAUCUUCAGGGUGAAGGAGUGAAUUUUGAUAAUCUUUGGUCUGGAGGUGGAAUACCGUUUGGUGGUAGCUUGAUAAUGAUGACUCUGGAUAUAUUUCUAUAUGCAUGCAUAGCCUACUAUCUGGAUUCUGUUGUACCAAGCGAAUACGGGAUAAAGAGAAGUCCAUGGUUUUGCUUCACUCGUGGAUUCUGGUGCAAACGAAAAGCUCAAAGAGCACCGUCUUCAAACGGGGAAUCAAAUUCAUUCAUUCCUGGCGAGGAAGCAAAUCGCGAUGUGGAACCUGUAGUUCGCGAGAUGAAAGGUCGAGAAGCCAUCAGAAUCGUCGACCUGUACAAGUCUUAUCAAAAGUGUUGCAAACCGGAAAUCAAAGCUGUUAACGGGAUUAACCUGACGAUUUACGAAGGUCAGAUAACCGCAAUUUUGGGACACAAUGGAGCCGGAAAAACGACGCUCUUCAAUAUCCUGACGGGACUGACGGCUCCAACUGCUGGGACUGCACUGAUCUUUGGAUACGACGUCAGGGAUUCAAAUGAUAUGCAAAUGAUUAGGAGCAUGACAGGCGUAUGUCCUCAGCAUGAUAUCCUCUUUGAUCUGUUGACCCCAAGAGAGCAUUUGGAAUUUUUUGCGGCUGUCAGAGGAAUUCCAAGAGCCAUGGUUGAGAUGGAAAUAAAUAAGACACUACAAGGAAUAGACCUAAUGGAGAAGGCAGACACAUUUGCAAAAUACUUGAGUGGCGGACAAAAAAGGAAAUUAUCUGUUGGAAUUGCUAUUAUUGGGGAUCCUAAGAUAAUAAUUCUGGACGAACCUACCGCUGGCGUGGAUCCAUACUCAAGGAGACAGAUGUGGUCUUUCUUACAAUCAAGAAGACACGGAAAAGUGAUACUAUUAACAACCCACUUUAUGGACGAGGCAGAUAUAUUGGCAGACAGAAAGGCGGUAAUCAGCAAAGGAAAAUUGAGAUGCUGCGGCAGUUCAUUAUUUUUGAAGAAUAAAUUUGGAAUUGGUUAUCACUUAACACUGGUUCUCGAAGGUAAUGCCAGAGAGCACGCGAUAUCUAGACUGGUGACAUCACACGUAUCCAAGGCCGAAAAAGCACGACGUCACGGUCGUGAACUGAGCUUCAUACUUCCCCACAAUUCAGUGGAAAAUUUCGCACCCCUAUUCUCAGCCAUUGAGCAAGAAAUCAAGACCAGGGCUAGCAGAUUGGGUAUCAGUAGCUAUGGAGUAUCGAUGACAACCCUGGAGGAAGUAUUUCUUCAUUUGGAAAAGGACGAGGAGACAGAAUGCACAAUGGAUAACCUAUCCAAAAAGAUGGUGAGAAAUCGUGCACUCAGCAGAUCACUGUCUCUCCAAUCAAAGAGCACUUCUUAUCAGAGUCUGCAGAACGAAGGUGCUACUGUGCAAGGCGAUGGCCAAGUGAAGGGCGGUGGAGAUCUACCAGACGGUGUGCACAGCGACAAAAAUCCCAUAAUACUCGGCCUUGGAUUAGAUCCCAUAAAAACUCGGCCCAACUUCAUUCAAAUCCUUUAUGCAAUGCUACGAUUAAGACUUUUACGUUUAUUUAGAAACAUCCAAUUACUAUAUUUCACGAUAGUAGUGCCACUAGCUCUAGUAGUUCUUGGUCUUUAUAUGAACAGAAUACAGACCGUCGACAUAAAGAUGCAGUCCCUCGAAUUAAACAAUGAUACCUACGAGAACAUGACAAAAAUAUUAUAUACCAAUAAUACAGACAGCGAUAUAUCGCCACUUAUCAAUCAUAUAAGAAAGGACGUUAAGCUUCUAGAGGAAUAUGACGGAAAUUUCGACGACCUUCUUGCUAUUGCCCCACACAUGGCGGUCAUUAAUAUCAGUGAUCUCAAUUUACUCAAAAUGAAAUUCACUUUAACUUACAACGAUACCAUGCAGCAUUCUCUACCGAUCUUAAUGAAUAUCUUGUCUAAUGCAUUCUAUAGAUUACACAGUAAAGACGAGGACAUCAAACCUAUUAAAGUCAGUACGCAUCCAUUCCAACAAACUUCACAGCCACAGGAAUUUAACGUUGGCAUAGGGAGCUCCUCCAUUUUCAUUGGAAUGCAUUUUGUCCUUGUUCCCAUAACUUUAGCCGUUGAUAUGGUCUACGAUCGUGAGAUAAAAGCAAAGAAUCAACUGAGAGUGAAUGGUUUAUCGUUCCCCAUGUAUUUUCUGACAUACUUUAUCGUUUUGGCCGCAUUAAUGACGUUCAUCAGUCUCUGCAUUCUUGGUAUCAUCUUCCUCUUCGAUGUUCCCUCUCUCCAAGAACCUCCAGCAAUAAUAACUCUUGGAGUUUUAUUAAUGCUCUAUUGUCCCUCGUCCAUUUUGUUCUCCACUUGUCUCAGUUACAUAUUCGACAAAAUGGAUUCCGCUCAGAGUAUAUUACCUAAUAUUGCUACGUUCUUUGGACUGAUACCGUUCAUUCUCGUUAUGAUCCUUGACAUGUUGGGUUUCGGUAGUACAGCAGCAUUUCCAUUACACGUGGUAUUUUCAUUACUGAAUACCAUGUAUAUACCAUACGCUGCCGUUUACUACGUCGAUCGUGUUCAUUUGAUGUGUUCUAUCAAUACUGCCUGCCAUCAUUUAUCCAUGUCCGACUACCUGACCACUGAAAUCAUUUUAAUGGCACUUGGACUCCUUGUACAUUGUCCACUCUGGUUCUUCGUCCUUCUCGUGUUGGACAUUAAAAAAAGUGGUGGAAAUGUCAGCGACAUUUUCAAAUAUUUCCUGCGCAAUGGCGGAUCAAUCGGCGAAGAGAUAAUGGAGAAUUCAGACGUCGGCGAGCACGAGGAUGCGGAUGUUAAAAAUGAACGGCAAAGAGUCUUCAAUCUUAUAUCUUCCUCCUCCGUACAAGAACCCCCAGUGGUCCUAGUCCAGAAUUUGAGAAAAGAGUAUCACAAUCGUACAGCCAGCUCGUGCAGCUGCUGCUCAAAGCGUGAAGAAGAACCAGCACCUAAAAGAAAGCUGGCUCUGCGAAAUCUGUCCCUGGCAGUAGAACCUGGUGAAGUAUUCGGUUUGCUAGGACACAAUGGCGCCGGGAAAACGACCACCAUGAAGAUAAUAAUCGCAGAUGAAGCGGCAACUAGAGGUCGAGUUCAAAUUGAUGGUCUCAAUAUAAAUUCCCACAUGACCGAGGCUUUUCGCAAAAUGGGAUACUGUCCUCAGCAUGACGCCCAAUGGAAGAACAUCACCGUCAGGGAACAUCUCGAGUGCUAUGCAGCUAUUCGUGGUAUACCCUGGAGUGACAUUAACAGGGUCGUCGAUCUCUACAUGUCAGGACUUCAAAUUCAUGAGCAUGCCGAUAAACAAACGCAGGAAUGUUCAGGAGGAACCAGAAGAAAGUUGAGUUUUGCAAUGGCAAUGGUUGGUGGGCCAAAGGUCGUCCUCAUGGAUGAGCCCAGCACCGGUAUGGAUCCUCGUUCAAAGAGGUUCCUGUGGGAUACGAUUCUGGCCAGUUUCCAGGGUGGCAGAGGUGCUAUCUUAACGACCCAUUCCAUGGAGGAAGCUGACGCUCUCUGCUCCAGAGUUGGCAUCAUGGUCAAAGGUGAACUGAGGUGUAUUGGGUCGACCCAACACUUGAAGAAUCUCUACGGCGCCGGUUACACUCUAGAGAUGAAAUUAUUGGGUGGUGACUGCACACCAACGACUCCUUCCGGUGACAGAAUUUCUGGUCUUAAGGAUUUCGUCGCUGGAUUAUUCCCUGACGCCACGCUGGAGGAAAGUUUUGCGGACAGGCUUGUCUUUGCCGUACCCCAGCACUCUGUCAACUCACUCGCGGAAUGCUUCACGCAACUGGAAAAAGCCAAGCAGGAAUUGGACAUAGAAGAGUACAGCUUCAGUCAGACCACUCUGGAGCAGGUGUUCCUGAAGUUCUCGCACUACGACGAAGUCAAUGGCGGGGAGUGAGCUUCCGGAAAAUCUAGCAUUUAAAAAGUGUAACGUGAUAAGUUCAUUCCAAGAAAGAAAAGAGUCACAAUCUCUUGUGACUAUAUUUGUCAGUACAUGAAAAACUGAGCUACGCAAAUCAAGUUGCAGAUGAGUUCUUCGUAGAAAAAAGAUACUGCUUUCGGAAUAGUGAGUCAUGGUGCAAGGACAGGUCAGGGACCAUAGAGGAAGUGGGUUCUACGAUAAUUAAGAAAAUAAUUAAACUAAUUACUAUUAUUACGAAUCCCACUAUCGAUCGUGACUACGAUGAAACUUAAUCGGUUCAUCGGAUCUCAAAAAUGCCUCGCCGACAUCAUCCAGUCACAUGAAUACAUAUGUGUGUGCGUGUGUGAUAUGUAUACAUAUCUUGUAUAUAUAUACAUAUCAUGUAUACAUAUAUGAAGUAGAACGAAGUUGCGCGAUAUCCACAACAAUACCCAAUGUCUCCGCGGGACACUUACAAUUAAUAACAAUGAUGAUGUUAAAUAAGUAAUAACGAAAAUGCACCAUUUCGUGAUUACACGUGAGUUUAAUCGCACGUAAUUAGGCGCCGUCUAAUUGCGUUCUUCUGCGUCCAGAACAUUGAUUAUACCCGGACACGUCGCGAUUUCUCACAACCAUUUUUCUUUUCUUUUUUUUUUUACGUACUUACAGUCAAUGUUGUGACUUUUUAUUUGUACUGUAUACAUAGCCAUUAUAAACCGAUGAUUAUAAUGUAAAUAGAUGCAACAACAAUAUACGGAUUGUUAACGAAAUACAAAAGUCCUACUCGAGUUUCUCUAGGAUUUUGGUAUGACGAUGUCGAUCAUGAGGAUGAUACCUCGUGCCGAAAUAAUCGGCGCGAUUAACAAAAGAAUUCAAUAAACGUGCUUUCAAAAACACACUCCUUUUUCACGCGUAUAUCUUAUAGAAAUUUUGAAAAAAUGAGAAAAGUCCUUACCGAAUAAGAGACAUAACCUUUGAAACUACGUAUAAAAUAGUUAAUCAAAUGAGCGUCCAAAUGCCAGUUGUACAAAGUAGAAAAAAAGCUGUAUUACUUUUCAUAGUCUUAAUAUAACUUAACCCUGCUUAACAUUAAGAUCUUCAAACUGGAGGUACAGAAAACUAGCUCGUUACUUAAGCCUAAUUAUCAGCCUACGUAAUCAAAUGAGUGAAAUUCCUUUCAAAUCAGAAUCAUUUACUACUUACAGGAUUAAUAGAUUAAUUCAAUAAUAAUUUAAUGGUAUAUAUACAAAUAUAUAUGUAUAUAUACUUCUCAUGGAAUAUCGCUCUUCAACCAACAACUCGAAAUCCAUCUUUCAUAUAAAGGAUGACCGAUAAAUGCGAUAAUAAUAAAGAAUAUAUAUAUAUAAAUAUAUGUAUACAUAUGUAUAUAUAUAAAAGAAAAUUUAACAAUGAAGCGUGGUUGUACAUAAUAUGCAUACAUAACAUCCAAAUAUUUGAUAGUAACACACGAAAGCGACAAUGAUCGUUUAUGGAAAAGACAUUUGAGUGUUUCGGUUACGAUUGUGUUUCGCGCAUGCGCUCUUCAAAAUCGUACGGUCUUUCGAAUCGGCCAUGAAAAUAAAUAGCUGGAAGGACGAGAAAUGGUUCAAGAAGAUAUAUAAAUACCCAACUGGAGGACUGAAUUAAACAUUUUCUAGAUGACAUGUGUAUUUAGUGAGAAUUUAAAACUUCGUCAUAAACAGAAUUUGGUUUUGUAAAUAUGUCGUUGCUGGGUACAUGGACGGAGAAGCUGAUGGGAAAGAAUCGUAGACAAUUUUAUACGUAGACAUAUACUUGUAUCUGCACAAUUAUAUAUGUACGUAUAAAAUAUGAAAAGAGUGCUUGAGCGUA